AUGAGUGAGGUGAAGGCAGAUGGGUGCUUCAGCGCUCACAUGAAGGGUGUGCAGAAGAGGAGUGAUAGCUCCCGACCAGAAAGUUACCCUCCCAAAAGUGCUCAGCAGCACUUCCACAACAAUCAAGUACCUGGACCACUAGAUGUUGCCCGAAAGCUUCACAAUUUGUGCUAUCAGUGGCUGAUACCAGAGACCAACUCAAAAGACCAGACCGUGGAGUCUCUGGUGCUAGAGCAGUUCCUGAACAUUGUGCCCCAGGCAAUGAAGAACUGGGUGCAAAAGCAUCAUCCACAGGAUGUGGAAGAGGCUGUGGGUCUUGUCGAAUGCUUGCAGACAGAGCCUGAUGCAGUGCCCAACGAGGACUUGUUGACAUUUGAAGAUAUAGAAAUGCAGUUUUCUGAGGAGGAAUGGUGUUUACUGGAUCCUUCUCAGAAGACGCUCUACAGUGAUGUAAUUCUGAACAUCUACAAGAUGGCCAACUCUCUAGGGUUAAAGCCAGAAAAUGACGUGGGAAACGAUCGGGCCGAAUCUGCCUCUACAUCAGAAAUAAAAGCAAGACCAUCUUCGAAUGUACCAAAGGCCAGGAAGAAAGCUACCCAGAAAAAAACCAUCAACAAGGAAAGACGUGCAUACACACGGAGGGGCCAGGAAGGUGGUCAGGCUCUUCCAGGUUGGGAACACAUGGCAGGUUCACUUAGUAAACCACAUCCUCGAAAACCUUAUAACUGUCAGGAGUGUGGGAAAGACUUCAGAGUUCCUUCUGAGCUUGCUAGACACCAGAGAGUUCAUACCAAAGAGAAGCCUUUUUCAUGUCAGCAGUGUGACCGUCACUUCAGGUGGAGUUCAGACCUCAAAAUACACUGCCUGGCACAUCAGGGAAUAAAACUACAUAAGUGCUCCUGGUGCCAGAAAAGCUUUGUUCACAGCACAAACUUACAUAUACACGCGAGGAUUCAUACAGGAGAGAAACCCUUUAAGUGUCUGGAAUGUGGGAGAGCUUUCACUCAGAAAUGUCACCUCAUUAAACACCAGAUAGUCCACACUGGUGAGCAGCCCUAUACCUGUAGCCUAUGUGAGAGAAAGUUUAACAGACAGUCGAGCCUUGUCAGACACCAGAAGAUUCAUUGUCAGGAAAAACAGCCAAAGCAGCAGGCUAGAAGUAAAUCAGAGCAGUGA